AACGCUUGCUCCGCUCUGCGCCUGACUCUCCUCCUCGUUUGCCAGCCUUACUCCUCAUUGGCGCCAAAACCAUUCGCCGCUUUGGGCGGUGUUCCGCUGGUGCAGGCCCUCUGCCGACCAAACAACCAAGGCACAUGGCGUUCUCAGCCAGCAAAAUAGGCCCGAUCUGUUCCCACCCCAAAGUGGCCCUGUGGAUGGGCCUAAAAGCCCACGAUGCCACGCUGCCAAGCCCCCGGGCGUCAGCAUAAGCAGCUCUGUACUCUGUACGGGUACUGUACGUAAGUACAAUGAGCAAGCAUGAAGGACCUCAUAUCAAUAUUCCCGCGAAUUCAUGUGGGCGAGCAUCCGCGACGAAGCCAGCCAGCACAAGCACCCAUGUCGAUCCCACUAUACUGGCUCGCUCGUGGCGGAGUGCCUUCGUUAAUUGUUGUUUCGGCUUGCUCGCAACAAUGUGGGAAUAAUAAUCAAGUAACUUUGCACUGUGUUCUUCUGCCCAGAGCACAGCCCAACCAACGCCCACUCAGCAACGCGUUCUGUGCACCGCAUCACCACCGCAGUCAAGCGUUGGCAGCUACUCUACACUACAGUGCCUCGUCUUCCGAGUCCCUCGCCUCCCGGGUGCCUUGCAUGGCUUCGGCCACACUUUGUUGCAUCUAUCUCACUCGCGCGCCGGCAGACGGGCGCCACCUCCAUCACUAUACGCUAAGUUAGCGUGGCGCGCCGUCUCCCCUUCCCCCCCCUUGUCGUGCCCUGCCUUAGCUUCUGCCCGAAUAUGGCAACAGGGAAAAAAGAUGGCCGCUGCGUUUCAAGCUGUAUUGUAACCUUGGUAGCCAACCUUGGCGGAAAAUACUCCGGACGUCUGCCCGUCCCGAUUCCUGCAGUGAGAUUGGUGGUACUAGCUCAAUGCCGGCUCCAAUACUGCCUAGCCCGGCUAAACAUUGCAUCAUGGGCAGUGUGGGCUGCUCGUGUUGCUCGUGCUGCUGCCAUUGCUGCAUAGUGGUCUCAUCUCCAUUUGCCAUGCACCAUCUAUAAAGGUCUCACCUGGUCCCCUAGCCUUUUGGGAUCGACUUCGCUCCCUUGUGCUUCGCCCGUCAGUUGCUUUGCUUGACGCUUCUGCAUCUCUAUCCUCCUCCUCCUACCUACCCUUUUCCUCUUUUCUUCUCGCUGGGCUGCCAAAUGGCUCGCUUUGCCUUCCUCGCUGGCUGCGCUGCGGCCAUCCUUUCUACCGUUGCCGCUCUUCCUGCUCAGCCUGCUGAUGCAGAGCUGGAGAAGCGCGCCUCGUCCUGGUUCCUCCCCAACCUUGACCAUACCUCCGGUCCUGUCCGUGGCUACGUGCCCAACCUGUACAACGGCAAUGGCCAGCAGGUCUAUGACUACCCCGUCUACAAGUCGGUCAAUGCUGGCGAUGCCAACGGCCUCCGCAAUGCCUUGACGUCCAACGGCCCGAAUGGCAACCGCAACAACUGCUGGCUAGCCGGCCAGCCCCGCGUCAUCUACUUGGCCCCCGGAACCUACACGCUUGACUCCACGCUCUACAUGCUCACCGACACCAUCAUCAUUGGUGAUGCUGCCAACCCUCCCGUCAUCAAGGCCUCUGGCAACUUCAACGGCGCCCAGCUUAUUGUGGGUGGCCAGGGCGACGGUAGCGACAGACCUUGUGGUGGUAGCGGUGGUGAGACUCACUUCUCCAUCAUGCUCAAGAACAUUGUCCUCGACACCACUGCCAACGGCAACAACGACUUCACUGCGCUCAGCUGGGCCGUUGCUCAAAACGCCGGCCUCGUCAACGUCAAGAUCAACAUGCCCCAGGGUCGCCACACAGGCAUGACUGUCCCUGGUGGAUCUACCAUUUCCAUUGCUGAUGUCUACUUCACCUACGGCAACAUUGGUCUGCACUGGCAGGGCCACCAGCAGGGUCAGCUCAAGGGCAUGACCUUUGACAAGUGCUCCACUGGCAUCUUCAUCGACUCUGGCUUCACCAUCAGCAUCUUUGCCCCGACCUGCAAGACUGUGGGUCGUUGCAUUGUCCUCAACUCUGGAAACGCCUGGGUUGCCGUCACGGAUGGCACUAGCAUCAACUCUGGCGACUUCUUCACGUCCAACGUGCAGUACCCCAACUUCAUGCUCGAGAACAUCUCCAAGGAUACCACCAACACCAACAUGGUCACUGUGGGUGGCACCGUCAAGGUCGGCGGCGUCAGCAGCCUGGGUAGCUACAUCUACGGCAACACCUACGGCAAGAACCCCGUCUACCAGACCAACCCUUCGUCGCAGAACCCCAACCGCCCUGCCAAGUUGGCCCCUGGCGGCAAAUACCCCAUGAUUAACGCUCCCCAGUAUGCCAACCGCGGUGUCGGCGACGUUGUCAACCUCAAGGAUGCCAACCAGAACGGCAACUUCCAGCUGCACGGCGACGGCAACGUUGAUGACACUGCCGCCCUCCAGGGUGCUCUCAACACUGCUGCCGCCCAGGGCAAGAUUGCCUUUUUGCCCUUUGGCAUCUACAAGGUGACCAACACCAUCACCAUCCCCUCAGGCACCGAGCUCUACGGUGAAGGCUGGGCCACCAUCUCGGGUGCUGGCAACAGCUUCAAGGACGGCAACAACCCUCGCCCCAUUGUUCAAAUUGGCAGCACCGCCGGCCAGGUUGGCACUGCACGCAUCCAGGAUGUUCGCUUCACUGUCAACGAGGCCCUUCCCGGUGCCAUCCUGCUGCGCAUCAACAUGGCGGGCCGCAACCCCGGCGAUGUGGCCAUCUUCAAUUCCCUCAACACCAUUGGUGGCACCCGCGACACCAGCCUGAGCUGCGACUACGAGUCCAAUUGCGCAGCCGCGUAUCUCGGCGUCCACAUUGCCCCUGGUGCCUCGGCCUACAUUGACAACUUCUGGAGCUGGGUGGCCGACCAUGCCUCUGAUGACAGCGGCAAAGGCACUCGCACCGCCGUCAAGGGUGGUGUCCUGAUCGAGUCAACUGCUGGCAACUGGCUGACUGGCGUGGGCUCUGAGCACAACUGGCUGUACCAGCUUGCCUACCACAACGCUGCCAAUGUCUUUGUGUCGCUCUUCCAGUCCGAGACCAACUACAACCAGGGCAACAACGGCGCACCCAUCCCCACGGACCCCUUCAGUGCCAACGACUCCGAUCCUGACUUUUCCUGGUGCAACGGCGGCGACCGUACGUGCCGCAUGAGCAUUGCCCAGUUCUUCAAGGGCAACAACGACAACAUCCACCACUACGCCGCCGGCUCCUGGAACUUCAACGGCCUGACCAAGGUCGACCAGGGCAUCAUGAACGUCAUGAAGGACGGCGUGUCCAACUCCCACCUGCAUGGAUUCUGCGCCGGUCCCAACUCGCAGUACACGUUCCGCCUGCCCAACGGCAAGCAGUUUGGUAAUGGUGGCCAGGACGGCUUCGGCGGCUCUUGGGGCUCGCUGGUUGCCGAUGUCGCCAGCCAGAGCUAAACAUCCCGCCGGGACACAUGCUUCCUUUUUUUAAACAAAGCUGUAUAUACUCUCUUUCUUUCCAUUAAACUGUCGAUAUGUUUUUAUCAAGUCGCUACCUAGCAGACUGACGUACAUGAAUUUUAUAUUCUUUAUAUUUAUUAUGCGUACCAAC